AUGCCGGGACCCAGCCUCCCUCAGGUCCAGACCAGCGAUGCUGCCAUGUCCAGUCCGGCCGUACCGGCCCAGUCCUCCCAGCACCCUGUUCACUUUACGAAGCCCUUCAUGAGCCUCAAUGCACCAAAAAGCCAAGUGCAUGACCAUGCUUUCACAUCUGUAGGGCAGUAUAUAGAAGUAAAUUUGUAUACACUAAAUCUUUUUUUUUCCUUUUGUUCUUCUGUAGGCUUGGAUGCUGAACUUUAUUAUGUCAGGAAUGAUAUCAUAAAUCACUAUGCUUUAUCUUUUAAUCUACUCAUUCCCACCGAGACAAGCAAGCUCCAUUUUAGCUGGAACUCUAAAUCUAAGGUGGAAUACAAAUUGGGGUUUCAUGUAGACAAUCCCAUAGCCAUGGACACACCACAGACCAAUAUCUCAAUGCAAGGGGAUGUCCCACGCUCUUUAUCAGUGUUUAGAGUGGAUCUUUUCUGCUCCGGGAAAAUGGACACUGAAGUCACGUUAGUCAUGCAGCUGAACCUAACAAUCAGCCCUGCCAAAAACAUCACAGUCCUCAAUUUUAAGAGGAGGAAAAUGUGCUACAAGAAGGUUGAACCAGAACCCAAAUCCCCAUUGUCUCCUGACAGGAACAGCACAAGAAUCCACUUUGAUCCUGUUAAUGUAGCUCCCACCACCUCUACACGUGUGUUCUACAUCAGCGUUGGUGUCUGCUGUGCCGUCAUUUUCUUAGUGGCCAUUAUACUGGCUGUGCUGCACCUUCACAGCAUGAAAAGAGUGGAGCUGGAUGACAGCAUAAGUGACAGCAGCAGCUCCCAGGGACUCUCUCAGCCUUCUACACAGACAACACAGUACCUGCGAGCAGACACCCCUAACAAUGCCACGCCUGUCACCAGUUAUCCAUCACUGCGGAUCGAGAAGAAUGACCUGAAAAGUGUUACUCUUCAAGAGGCAAAGGCCAAGGUCAAGGACAUUUCCAUUUCCCGUGAGAGAGUGACACUCAAAGAUGUCCUUCAAGAAGGUACAUUUGGUCGAAUCUUUCACGGUAUCCUAGUGGACGAGAAGGACCCUACGAAAGAGAAGCCAGUCUUUGUAAAAAGUGUGAAAGAUCAAGCUUCUGAGGUACAAAUCACCAUGAUGCUGACUGAAUGCUGCAAACUGAGAGGCCUACACCACAGGAACCUACUUCCCGUUGGACAUGUCUGUAUAGAGGAUGGAGAAAAGCCUAUGGUAUUGCUGCCUUACAUGAACUGGGGCAAUCUGAAACUCUUCCUGAGACAGUGCAAGUUGGUGGAAGCCAAUAACCCACAGGCUAUUUCCCAGCAAGAUCUUGUGCAUAUGGCAAUUCAGAUAGCCUGUGGUAUGAGUUACUUGGCCAGACGAGAAGUUAUCCAUAAAGACCUUGCUGCUAGGAAUUGUGUGAUUGAUGAGUCUCUACAAGUAAAGAUUACAGAUAACGCACUUUCCCGUGAUCUCUUCCCUAUGGAUUACCAUUGUCUUGGAGACAAUGAAAACCGUCCGGUACGAUGGAUGUCUCUUGAGAGUCUAGUUAACAAGGAGUUCUCCAGCGCUGGUGAUGUGUGGGCAUUUGGUGUCACGUUGUGGGAGCUGAUGACACUGGGCCAGACUCCAUAUGUUGACAUUGAUCCCUUUGAAAUGGCGGCUUACCUGAAGGACGGCUACAGAAUAGCUCAGCCAAUCAACUGCCCUGAUGAGCUGUUUGCGGUCAUGGCAUGUUGUUGGGCUCUAGACCCAGAAGAAAGACCUAAGUUUCAGCAGCUGGUACAAUGUCUGACUGAAUUCCACUCGGCCCUCGGUGCCUAUGUCUGAGACAAGCCGGACGAUCACUCGGAAUAUCGCACAUCAUGGACUAGACUGACUUGCACCCCUUGUAUAAAGCUCUCACAGCGCAGUGCCUUAGGAUCAUAUGUUAAUCUACAGUUUUUAACCUUUCUUUGUAAGAUACUUUUUAUAUCCAGUAUUUUAUAGCUAUUAGUUUUUUGUUUUUUCUUGGAGCUGGUCAGGAGGAGAACACUACACAAAGAAACACAAGAAACCUUCUGUUCCAGGAGCAAAACACUAUUUUUUUUUUUUUUUUUUUUUUUUUAAAAAAGGGUCAUUUCUUUAUUCUUUACAGACAUUUGUACUUUAUAAAUAAUGGACUUUUUAAACUAUCCCCUUUUUUGUUACUUUUUUUUGUUUUUAAAUAUAUGACCGUUCAUUUUUUUUUUCUAAUGUUAUGUUUGAAUGUCUUUAAGAUGCAUUGUUCCUUUGUAAAAGGGUGAAAAGAUAAGUUAUAACACUUGACAAUGCCUCGUCAUGUAUACUUUUUUAGGUUUUGUGACGCAGCAGUUCACUUUGUACAGAAAAGUUAUAUUUUCCUGUUCUGCUCUCACAGCAUUGUUUCAGACACGUGGUACACUCUGCUGCUACAAGGACCUGGAAUGAGCCUGAGCUCCUUGUUGCAGCAAUAUAGAUAUGGUACAUUCUGGUUAGCAUGUAUGCUUGAUCAGUUUAUUUUCUGUAUUUAAUUUUAUGAAGUGCCAACACUAAAUAUUGGUCAUCACUGACAUAACUUGUCAUUUCCUAUUUAAAGGAGCAGAAUUCUUCUUCCUUUUGUAUGCGAACAUUGUACAGCUAUUGGGUUUAUACACUUGGAACCACAGUGGUGUUGCACUUUUUUAUAGUGAGGUCCCGGUCAUUGUCAUUGAAGAUGUAGUAGUGCAUAAUCCUCUUAGAAAAUUAAACCGUUCUUAUUGGGAACGGAGU